UGGCGAACAUGUCCGUCUCAGAUGAGCCGAUGUCAUUCGAGCUCGUUAGCAAGCUCGUCAACAAUGGAGAGCUCGAUAAACUAUCAAGAUCGCCAGAAGUUAUGGAUAAGUACAAUGCCCACAAACAGUAUCUAAGAGAUAAAGGAAUAGAUAUGGUGACAUAUAUUCUUUCGCACGAAUUGCAUUGGGUCCCCGAAGAUACACCUCUGGAUACUCCUUCGCGCGAGCUGCUGGAUACUGUUGUGAAACCGGAGGGCAAAUGCCCAUUUGCUAAUACGAAUGAUAUGACCAUAAUUCAAAAUUCGUAUCCUUAUCAUUUAGAAUCUGGCAUUGAACACCUUUGUGUAUGGGUGAAAUUUCCUCUGCCACCGGACCCCAACUCUGCAAUCGGGGACAUAUCACCCAAGGAUAAAAGCUUGAUAGAGAAGUACAUCAACGAGACGUUUUGCAACUGGCUGAACAUACCUAGAGAUCACAUUGUAUGGUUCAAAAAUUGGACGAAAUUACAAAGCGUGAAGUCUGUCCCCCAUAUCCACGUAAUUAUAAAGGACAUGGAUAGACAGGCACUGGAUAGAGUAUUGAACACGGGCGGGAAGGCUAUAAACUAUGGAAGCUCUGACUGUAAACUAUAAUGGUGCAUCGGGAAAUAUUUAAUAAAACGGGUUCUCAUCCAUUUUCAUGGCCUUUUUCUGUAAAAUAUCCAACCUGUCUCCCUUUCUGAUCACAAAGUUCUUUUCAUGCUGGAUAACAUACAUGCCAAAACAGCUCUUAAAAGGAUUCGCCUCGUCCACACGUCUAUAUUUUGACAUCGUCUUGCUAAUGGUGCCUUUUUUGUCCAUGGUUCCGCUAGAAAUAUCAAUGUUCGGAAUUGUACAUCUGAUGCACUUCAAUGCGCCAGUAAAACCAAUGCGCGAGUUGUUGCCCACGAUAUCAAACUUGUGAUAGAAGUCCUCUGCAAAAGGCUUGUCGACAUCUCUAAUAAUCAAGUUGGGACGGAACGCUGCCAUCUGCAAGUAUUUUCCAGUCUCCCCGGCAUUUCGUUUCACCUCUUGGUAACUCUCUUGAGAAGUCAUCAGCAUGGGAUAAUAAUCAUGAAAUAGUGUAUUUCUGUCAACGUUUUUUGGUGCUCCCACCUUGCAGGCUUUGCCGUUGGGAGAAUAAACCAAUACUGCGUCACUGGGUAAUCCCAUACUGGUGAUAAAUUCCGAAGUCAGAGCUCUAUCCAAGACAUAGCCCUGUAACGUGGCCAGCCACAAACUGAUCGGCUUAAGUUUGGUGCCAAAGGAGCUGUGCUGUUCCACAUAGUCGUCUGUCACAUCCAUUGGAAGAUAAAACACAGCCUUACUAUUUGUAGCUGUGCUAUCGUAUUCGAACUUGAACUUCCCGUUGUCAAGCGAAACGCGGACCGACGAAAGCUUAGGGAUGUCUUUCAGCAAUAUUGGCAUAUAACACUCCUUUUUCGUGUCGUAGUUACAUAUAACAUAUUGUCUGUCGUGUUUGAGUCCAUAAUGAUCCACUUCCCACUCGUCCACUUUUAAUCCGCUUGAUACGGCUUUUAUUGGAUAUAUCAAAAGAUAAUCCACAGUUCCACCAUACCUUCCCCGGAUAUCCAUUCCGAGCAAGCACCUGCUAUACCAGAGUAGCGCACCGUUCACACGCUGGCAGGUAUUAUACAGAUAUCUCAGGGAAGUACGCAACCGGGUUCUCUGAUACGACUCCAGAUAUUGUUCAAGCUGAGAACUAAAACACUCAACUGUCAGGACAGCAGCUAUGAUGGACAGAAAGAUAGUAACCGCAGUAGUAAAGUAUGCCAUUGCG